UACGCUAAUCAAAUCAAAAGAUAUACACAGUCGUGAAGUUUCUUAUUUACUUAUAUGUGCAUGUUGUCACAUUUUCACAAAAAAAUAUAUGUAUUAAGCAGGCAUCGAACUAAUGCAAACAAUCCUUAUUACAACCUGAUCACGUUUGUGUAUAGUGUGUGGAGUGUCGAGUGUGGAGUGCUUGGUUGGUGCUCGGGUUCACAGUUUAGUUUUACGAAAAUUUCCUUUUCCUCAACUUUAUUGAAAGAACUCUUAUGUAUAAGCUUUUGAUUAAUUUCCUUUUAUUAUCAAAUUACUGCUGAAAAAAUAGAAAAUAAAGUACAAGGCGUGAUCGAUCGAAGGAAAUAUAAUAAAUCGAAAGAAACGACGUAAACCUAUCACAUAUUGAUCGGCAAAAAUUCAUUUGGAACAUGUCGGGAAAGGCGUUACAAAUAAUCACUACGCUAGAGGACCAUUCAUUUGUAUUAAAUGAAGAUGAACUCAGUGAGGUCCUGAUGCGUGACGACGUUAAAGAUCGCUACAUUUGUGUAGUAUCAGUAGCGGGUUCCUUUCGCAAAGGCAAAAGUUUUUUAUUAGAUUUUUUUCUACGCUAUAUGUACGCGAAUCAGGUUGUAAAUCACGAAACUGGCGAUUGGCUGGGUAAUGAUAAUCAACCAUUAACUGGAUUCUCUUGGCGCGGUGGUUCUGAACGUGACACAACCGGCAUUCUAAUGUGGUCAGAUAUAUUUUGUGUCGAUACACCGAAUGGUGAUAAAGUCGCUGUCAUACUGCUGGAUACGCAGGGUACUUUCGAUAGUCAGAGCACAGUACGGGAAUGUGCUACCGUAUUUGCGCUCAGCACAAUGGUAUCCUCAGUGCAAAUAUACAAUUUAUCACAAAAUAUACAAGAAGACGAUCUACAACAUCUGCAAUUAUUCACCGAAUACGGUCGGCUUGCAUUGGCCGAUACCGGAACUAAGCCAUUUCAACGUUUACAGUUUCUCGUGCGUGAUUGGAGUUUUCCCUAUGAAGCCGAUUACGGUGCCGCAGGCGGCGAACUCAUUUUAAAGAGACGGCUAGAGAUAUCCGAUAGACAACAUCCAGAAUUGCAAUCACUGAGACGUCAUAUUUCGUCAUGUUUCGAUGACGUAUCAUGUUUUCUAAUGCCGCAUCCGGGUUUAGAUGUCGCCACAAAUCCUAAAUUUGACGGCCGCCUUAAAGAUAUUAGGACGGAAUUCAAACAAAAUUUACGAUCUCUGGUGCCUAUGUUGCUUUCACCCGAAAAUUUGGUUAUUAAAAAGAUCAAUGGUCAGAAAGUACGUGCCAAGGAUUUAAUUCAAUACUUUCAAUCAUAUGUGGCCAUCUAUAAAGGCAAUGAAUUACCUGAACCUAAAAGCAUGCUAGUGGCCACAGCCGAAGCCAAUCAUUUGACGGCGAUAGCAGCGGCCAAAGAAUUAUAUAAUCAAUUAAUGCAAGAUGUUUGCGGUGGUACCCGGCCGUACUUAAGUUCAGCUCAUUUGGAAUCUGAACAUUUACGCGUGAAAGACAAAGCCAUUUUUCAGUUUCUUGCGAAACGUAAAAUGGGCGGCGAAGAAUUCACCGAAAGAUUUCGCCAACAAUUAGACGAAGAUAUCGAAACAAUGUUUGAAAGUUAUCGGGCGCACAAUGAAAGUAAAAAUAUUUUUAAAGCCGCCCGAACACCAGCUGUCUUCUUUGCUGUUGCAGUAAUUUUUUAUAUAUUAAGCGGUAUCUUUGGCUUAUUUGGUCUGUAUACGUUUGCCAAUUUCUCCAGUUUGAUAAUGGGAUUGUCGUUGCUGCUUUUAGUCUUGUGGUCAUACGUAAGAUAUAGCGGGGAGUUGACAGCUUUUGGUAACAAAAUCGAUCAUUUAGCCAACUUUUUAUGGGAUAAUUUUAUGAAGCCGGUGUAUCAAGGUUGCAUAUCGAAGGGUAUCCAACAUGUGGCAACACAAGCUACCGAGCACGCAGUGGGUGGCAGUAGUAGCCGUUGCUCGACUGCGGAAUUAAAUGGUAAGUUGAAAAGUUCAUGAGAAUACGCCCAAAGGCAAA